CUUUAUUGGAUAAUUUUUCCUCCAUAAAUAUUAGCACAUAUUACUAACAUUGUCUUAUCUUACUUACGGGUUUUUUUAAUAUCGUUACUCAUAUAGAUUUUGACUAUUGAUCAUUGCAAUAUCAAAAUUGAUGAUAAACGGUGAUCAAAAUAUGUGAUAAUUAUAAAUGUGAAUUCUAAUAUCUCUUAGAACAAUUUAUUUACUAAUUAAGAUUAAAUAUUUAGAUCUAGAUUAAAGAUUAGUAAUAACUUAUAUUUUGAUACAAUCAAUGACGAACUCUGAAUAAAAAGUCUUCUAACAAAUUUAUUUCAUAUACGUAGCUACUUUUUAAGUAAAUAAUGUUUAUUAUACUUGUACAAGAUAUUUUCUAUCCUGUAUAAAAUAUAUAUAUAUUUUUAUACUGAAUGUCAUACUAUAUAUAGUCAAAGAAAACUAUAAGUACAAUACGUAUUGCUCAUGAUUUGCAAUAUAUAGAAAUUAAAAAUCAAUUUAUAUUAAUUUAUAUAAGAGAUAACAUUGUGUCCUAUAAGUGAUGCUGUCCCUAGUGAUACACAUCGAUAAAAUUAAUGGCCACUGAGUUGUCAUUCUCAGUCUAUUUCACAACAGAAUUUAGAAGGAGGCGGAACAAUGAAAAUUCCGUCAUUUUUAGAUAACUCUUAUCAGUGAGCUCGUGUAAUACUUGCGGUAUAGCUGCGAUCAGUUAAGCAAAGCCUAGCACAGUGAGCCUAAUAAAAUAUUGUUAAUGUCUAAACGAACGUAAACAAUAAUUGUUAAUUAAUAAUUAAUAAUUCAACAAAAUGUAUAAGCCGUAACGAUAAUAAUUUUAAACGAUUAUAUACAAAAAAUAUAUCGUUAUGCAGUCAUUAAAUUAAAAAUGUCUAUAUACUACGUGAUUCAAACAACCUUCAUUAUAGUCUGUAAUUAAGAUUUACUUUAAAACUCAAGUAUUUUUUUAGUGUUUACCAACCUCCAUUUAUUUAUAGAAAAAAAAAGUAUUCAAAUAUCAUCUUAAAAAAAUAUAGAAAUUAUUUUACCCAAACUUUAUCACUGAAUGACACUUUGAUACUACACAGUUUAUCUGUUGGCGCCACAGAGAACAGUACUUUCACUUGUAAGUGUGGAAUGGGCUUAUAGAUGACAAAUAUUAGGCAGUAUUUUCGAUUAAAGUAUGUUUAAUAAUAUUCGAAGUCCAUGCUUUCUAAAUUCUUGUAAAACAACACCAAAUACCUCAUCGACGGAUAAAAAGGGCUGUCAUCGUUAUUGGCCUUUUGUAUGGCUCACGACUUUUAUCUUUGGUGUUUGCGUUGUGUGCAUCUGGUUGGUAAUACGUAAAAUUCAUAACGACGCAGAGGAAGUUAAGAUAAUUGACACCACAACGAAAUCCUUUGAAUAUUACACAUCCGUGAAGAACACUGAAGAUUCAUGGAACAUUGAGAACAUAACAGUAGAAACGGAAGUCACGUCCAAUAGGAAGAUUUACACUCGAGAAGAUUGGGGAGCACGAGAGAGUCUUGCAAAUGAUACAGAAUAUCUAACGCAUCCAAUACGAUUGGUCGUGAUUGGUCAUACAGCUGGAAGAUAUUGUGAAAGUCAUGAUAACUGUUCCUACAUUGUAUGUGCCAUACAAAACUGGCAAGUUGGAUCUCUAGCAUUCGUGGACAUAGGAUAUAACUUCCUCGUAGGUGGCGAUGGUGGAAUAUAUGAAGGAGUCGGUUGGAAUAUAACAAACAGCCUUUCGAAAAAUUGUUUAUUUGUAACCUUUAUCGGUAAUUACAUAUAUGACGAAUUGAAGAAGCAACAAGAAGAGGCUCUUAUGGAUUUAUUAGAGUAUACUGUAAAUAUAGGAUAUAUGGAUAUUAACUACAAACUCGUAGGACAUAAUCAAGUUAAAUCAACGCUGAGUCCCGGUAAGAAUGUAAUUAAUUUCAUUAAGAAUUUAAACAAUUACUAUGCAGAAAAUAUAAUUCUGUUAUGAUUUGUUACAACGUGGCUUAAAUUGUAUUUUUCA